CAGACCUCCUCCUCCUCCUCCUUUUCCUCGCGCCGCUCCAAACAGGUAUGGCCGAUGACGUCAGCAAGGUGACACCCACCUCUCUCCCCACGUCCACUCCGGUGUAACGCGACUCCAGUCUGUUCCCGGUGGAGAGAUUUUUGUGUCGGUGCUCCGACUCUCACUUCAGCGUGUUUCCACUCCGAGAAGCUCCACCAUGAAGACCCGGACUCUGCGGGACGGACUUUGACUUCGCCGAUACUCUGCGUGGGAAGCCAGGAGGACUGACACGUAAGAAGAAAGCGCUCUGAACAAAUCCACAGUGAGCUAAAAGUCUGCGUUUGUUAGAGCCGAAUCAGAGUAAACACAGCGAGGGGACAAGUGGAGUGUGUCUGUUCUUACCAGUCCGGUGGAAACAGCAGCAGCACUUUCACACACUGGAGUUACUUUCACAGUGAAUCUCUGCACGGCUGCUGCUUAAAAUAGAAUUAAAUAGACGGUGGAUCAACUUGUUUUCCACUGGAUGAUGAAGAGUUUCCCUCUGGAAACAUGUGUCAGGCUGUUUUUGGUUCCUGGAAAAAGAGUGCAGCCUUGACUCGCUGUUUUUAGGCAACUAUCGUUUGAUUUUAAUUCACAAUUUAUGUACCAAGAAAUUAAAAAUCCACCCGCUUCUAUGUUUUAUUUAGGAAAUUACGUGUUAAAAGGUGUCUCAGUGAUCUUUGUGGGACGGCCUGCCGGUUUAUAGAGGGAGAGUGGAUGUUUGACAGAAAGUGUUUGACAGAAAGUUUCAUUCAUCCACAGUUUGACUGACUGAAUUUACUGUCAGCGUGGCUCAAGGUCGACGUGUCCCGCCCUGUGGGGUGCUACUGUAAACAUCCAGCAGCUGUGAGCUGCAAUAAACGAGCUAAUACAUCCAUGCAGGGGAGAGAUAAAGCAAAACCAUAACCCAAAGAGCAAGGGAGAUACUUUAUAUGUGAAAGCAGUUUGAUAAAGAGCUUAGAGUGACUGUCUGUGUCCUGUCUAAGGUGAAGAAAAGAAACUGAAAUAUUGGUCUAAAUUUGAGUUUGACAACUUUAAAUAGAGUUGGGUCUUUCCUUCUUUGAAGCUCUUUCAUUCAUCACUGUUAAAGGGAUAUUCCAGUGUAAAAUUAACUUAGGGUCAAACACACCAUAACACCGAGUUAGACACCCCCUCAAGAGAUGAAUGUUGCUGACCGCUUGCUUCUCUAGUUUUACCAACUUUAGCAACGACUGUAUGAUAGCAAUACACAGCAGUCUGAGGAGACAUAAACAAAACGCCACUCUAUAGCCACAAAUAAUGCUCAGAACAGCACCUAACUUCAUCAACAGUACAUAUAGGGUCCCAGCCAUAGUACUAGCCACCAAACAUCUUUUUAACUUUGCCUAAUUUCUUUAGCAAAGAGACUAAACACAACUCACCUACUCUCUUCCAGCAGCUGCUUGUUUGUAGAGAGACUUCAGGACAGUCCAUCACGGACUACAGCGGGGUGUCUCAGCUCAAGGAAGAACAUUUAUGAUCAUUUCUUCAGGGAAAUGCAAUCAGACCGAGACGCUAAGGCAGAAGAACUACCACGUCUGCAUUGAAAAAUGAUUGAUAUGAUGAUUUUGACUUAAAGGAAAUGAUAAAGAAAUGAUCAUAAAUGUUCUUCCUUGAGCUGCGUCACCCCGCAGCAGUCCGUAAUGGACUGGCUUUAGGUCAUGCUACAAACAAGUGGCUGCUGGAAGAGAGCAGGUGAGUUUUGUUUGGUCUCUUUGCUAAAGAAAUCAGGCAAAGUUAAAAAGACGUUUGGUAGCUGGUACUAUGGCUGUGACCCUAUAUGUACUGUUGAUGAAGUUAGGAGCUGUUCUGAGCAUUAUUUGUGGCUAUAGAGUGGUUUUUUCAUUAAGGUUUGUGUGUGGCUCCAUAGACCGCUGUAUAAUGCUAUCCUGCGGUCGUUACUAAAGUUGGCAAAACUAGAGAAGCAAGCGGUCGACAGCAUUCAUCUCUCGAGGGGUUGUCUAACUCGGUGCUACGGUAUGUUUGACCCUAAAUUAAUUUUACGCCGGAAUAUCCCUUUAAAGAAACUGAAGUAUUGGACAAAGUGAAUAGAUAGAUUUUGGUCUUUCCUGCUUUGUAACUCUUUCGAUUCAUCACUCUUAAAGUGGAGACACUUGCUCUAAAUGCACAAAUGUGUUUUUUGUUGCUUCAAACACACAGAUCAUUUCUAACAUCUGUCAGACAACUAAGAAGGACAGAUCCAGCCCUCUGUCCAGGAUGUCCUCCAGAGGUAAAAAUGACUUGUGUCGGAUAUGUGGUGGGGAUCUACAAGGAAACCAAAGGCGCUGGUUGUUUGGCCACAACAAGAAAACCAACCAGCCUCAGACCCCGAGAGACUCCCCGAGAGGAAGAAGAAGCUUGUCCCAGUCCUCACAGAGCAGCUCUUGGGGUUAGUCCGGUUCAUUGAGUGUCAAACAAAAAAAAAACCUUCUCACAUGUGAUUUGCCUGAAGUAAACUUUUUUCUUACUCGUCACAGGAAGCACUUUAUCUCUGGGUUCCUCCAAGUCUCUCUCCAAGUCCCAGAUGUCCCUAAACACCCAGUCCAAAGGAAUGGACCUGCUCUCGGUGUUGACUCACAUCCUGGGACAGUCUGUAUCAAGGGGCAGUGGGCAGGGGGAGUUUGUGUGUGGGAAAUGUGUAAGCAUCCUCGAGCGUGUUUUCAAGUUCGACACGGUGAUAUCCAGGGUGAGGAUGCUCUCGUCCGAGAGGCUUCAGAAGCUGACUCAGGAGAGAGACAAGAUCAGGCAGUGGGUGCGUCAAAGCUACUGCCGCAGACACCCAAAAGACGUCAACAGCAGGGGGAGCACCAGCGAGGAGGACAGCGAGGCGGAGAAGGAGGGCUACAGGGAGAUGCUCAAAGAGAAUAUGGCGCUCUCUGAGUACGAGUGCUGGUCUGAGAAGUGGGACGCGUGUCCGCAUUUUAUAAGAACAGGUAAAAGAUGCAGAAAGGGCAAAGGCUGUGAAGGCUGCGAUUCUCUACGAGUGCCUGACUCGGCUUACGAGUCCGUCUGUGGGGUUCCUCGUCACUUACCUUUUCAGCCUUUCUCCCCGCUGCCUUUAUCCCGAGACAAAUCUCAGAGUAUGCCCCUCCAUUGGCAGAGGGUGCCAUCCAUUUCCUCCGGUCCAUCCUCACUGGCAGGGUCUACUUUGUCCUUGCAAGCGUCUUCCCGCACUGAAUCCAUCCAGUCUCUGGAUUCUCUGGAUGGGACUGAUCCAUUCGACUCACCGGGUUUCCACUUUAUGCUGAACGAGCUGAGAAGCAUCGAAGGGAAGCCGAUCAGUUCGCCAUCAGGAAGUAGGAUCCCAAUUCUGGGCAAGAAGGAUGGAAGGAACUCUGAAAAAGUUGGCGGGGUUGUGUCACCCAGAGUGAACAGGGUGCUGAGUUUUGGGGAAGUGGAGAACGGAGGGGGAGAUAUGGAUGAGGAAGACGGGGAUGUCCUAACAGAGCUGAGGGACGAGUUCAUGCCUCUUCAUCGAGAGGUUAGUAUUUUGUUUCAUGUAUGAGCACACCACAACCAGCUUGUGACCAGAUAUUCUGUUUGCUAGUUGCUGUAAAUAUUGACACAGUCAGCUGCAUUGGUAAAUCCGGGAUCACCUGGGUUCAGUCCAGCAGUCCAAGAGAUGAGAAAUACACAUUUUCAGUGACAUUUUUCCACAACUAAUACCAUAACUUAUAUUGAUGAUCUAAUCAUUUUGAUUUUAGAGUUCCUCCGGUAGGGUCCAACAUGCUGUAAAGCACCUGCGAGGCCAACUGGACCUAGCUCUAUCCCGCAUCAAGACCCUGGAGGCCGAACUGAAACAUGGGAAGAGCAAACCGGUUGAAGUCAACGGAUCAGAAGACUGGGCCUCUGUGAGUGUUCAGUUUUUUCUCCUAUACACUCAAUCUGACAUAAGUUAAUGUUCAAAGAGUGGUUUGACAUGACACAGCAGGUUGGGUGUGUGUUUGCAGGCUGUGUGCUGUUUAGCUUAGCUUAGCAGAGAGAGAGAGAGAGAGACAUGGAAACAGCUGGCAUGAGUCUAUCUGACAGUAUUAGGUCUUAAAUCCAAGAUUAGGUUUUUAAGUUUAGGUUUAUAAAAGUUUAUAAAAACACCGUCAAGCCUUAAAAAAAAUAAAGGGUCUGGCUCUUAUAAGGAGGACAAGAGGUACUCACUACCGAGCUUCCCUGGUCCAAUUUUUUUUGAGUUAUUCUUGUAAUAGAAACACAAGGAUUCAGUAAAUGUGACAGAUAAAAAGUUUAGUUGAAUACUAUUGGAAACAGAAACAUUAUUGAUCUGUAAACUCAAUAACCUGAAAAUGAAACUAAUUGAAGUCAAGACUGGACAAGAAUGUGAGUGUGUGUUUUUUUAUCAGCUGUGAUAACAGAUAACUGCCUCAAACUUUUAUUUUUUUUACCCUUGAAAAACAGGUUUUUAUAAACUGCAGCUCCUCAGUCACGUGUACAAACAGCUCCAUAAAGCUCUGUGACUGUUGACUAAGGACAAAUAUAGCUUUAUGAAAGGAAUGGAGGGUGUGUGCGCGUGUGUAUGUACUGUGGUUUAUGUGAAAAGGUGUGUCCCAGUUUCCUCGUGUUCAGGUGAAGAUAAAGACACACACACACACACACACACACACACACACACACACAGUCUUUCUCUGGAAUCUUCCCCGACUGGUGGAGUUUGCCCCGGGCUCAGUAGACUUAUGAUAGAGGAUAUCAUCAUAAUGGGCUUUCAGCUGCUUUGUAGACACUGUGAGCACAUAACUGAUCCCUGCUUGUCAUUUGAACACAGUGUAAGAAAAAUAUUAAAAAGUGAUUAAAAGUUGGGGUAGCUGCAGGAUUAAUCAUCAGAGUUUAACAGUCGUGACUCUUGAGAUCCAGCUGUUACGUCACUGCUUAGUAUAUUGAUUUUUUUUAAAGCUCCAGUGAGGAACUUUCAGCUUGUGUCAAUUUUUGCACUCCUCAUAGUCUUUGCUUAUAUUACUCCAACUGGGUGAUAAUACACCAGUAUAACCAGACACAGCCUACAUACAAUCUAACCACACCAUGAGAUGCUAUUAGUCAUCUGUACUUGUUUACAUCCGGGUAGUAGAGCAGUGUAGCGUUAUAACAGUAUCCCCAGCUAGUGACAGAUGGCUUUGCUGCAGCUUAGAUACACAACAUAUGACCAGCAUUUUGAACCUACAGUAAUUAAUGCUGCGAUCCAGUUACCUCAGAAGUCAGAGCUGGGAAUGACGUUAUAACCGAGUUGACAGCGUUUCAGGAAACAAGUCGGAAAACCAAGAUGGACGCCUACAUUUACCCGUUGUUAGCUGUUGUUUACAAUUGUCAGCUGUCGUUAGCGGUUGUCAGCUGUUGUUAGUUCUUGUUAGCUAUACCAAUUGUAAACAACGCAUAACACAGUAUUUUAUGCUGCAUUGGAGUUACCUUGGAAGGCAGAAGUGCCCGAGUUACCAGCAUUUCAGUUACCAAGUCAGAAAAAAAGCUAAAUUGGAGGUGAAAACAAGAUGGCUACAUCUAUGAAAGUUAUUUGAGCACUUGCCUUGUCCGAAUAUAAGGUAAGCACUAAAAUAUAUGGCUACAUCUACGAAAUUAACUUUCAUAGAUGUAGCCAUCUUGUUUCAGUCCUCCAAUUUAGCUUUUUUCCGACUUGGUAACUGAAACGCUGGUAACUCGGGUGUGACGUCAUUUUCAGCUCGUACUUCUGACUUCCGAUGUAACUCGAAUGCAGCAUUAUUCUUACAAACACCAUAGCACCAUGUUCACAGUUAGACGUUAGGCAGUACAGCAUGUACCACUUAUUUAAUUUCACAAAAACAAAACAGAAGCGCUAAUAAAGAAUACAUUAUGAGAGCUUUCACUGUUACUCUUUACUGUUGAUGCACUGCGUCGCCAUUCCGAGUCAGAAAUCUGAGUUCAGGGGGGCGUUCCAGAUGAAUUUCCGACUCAGAGCUCAGAAAUUACGACUUCCAAGUACAACUGGAGCACAGUAUAAGUAUUGAUAACUGGUUAAACUAACUUGUAAUUUUGGUGCCUAGAAGUGAGAGUGAUAAAGCUGAAUGAUUCAGUCGACUAAACACACAGUUUCUUGAUAUGAUUGUCUUAUCUCUAAUUUUUAAACAACAUUUCUUUACUCUUCCAGCUGGUCCAGGAGGAAGGCGGCAGCUCUCUACUCCAGAGCCUCGGUCACUCCCUGCGCAGCCGGGAGCGUCUGAUCCAGGUGGGUGAGGUGAUGAGGGCAGACAGGACUCAGUCAUGCACACAGGGGCUGGAUCCUCUGCCGCUGGAUCAAAGCUCGCUGGAAUGUUGUUUGUCUUUGGAGUCACUGAACGCCCUUAAAGAGGCAGGGCCAGAGCUGCUUUGACUUUUGUCUGUUUACCUCACUGUACCUGAAACACGUGAACGGUUCACAGCAGCUUUGAAAUGGAGCUGUUUGGAAUAUUAAAUGUCACCAAGGAAUUACAAUAACACACACUUAAUGCUGCAGUUUUGUUAUUGUUUUGGGGGUUUUAAUUGAUUAGUUUCCCUAAUGGUGUUUUGUUGACAGGUUUAUACUGAUAUUUGUCAGUUAAACAUGAAUAUCAGAGAGUAGCUUCCUAGCAUCAACAGUUGUACUGUAACAGCAAAUUAACUCUCCUCAAACAUAACAACAGAACAGGGUGUGAUCAUCGGUGAGCUUCAGAGGUGUUAUUUUCUGGAGAGAUGUCUGUUAGCACUGCAAUAGCAGGCUGUCGUUCCAAUCUUUGCUCUAAGCUAAGCUAACCAGCUGCUGGCUUUAGCUUAAUUUUAACACCACAAAUAAAAAAGCGUAAUCCAACAGAUUUAGAUGCAUUUCCCCAAAUCUGUUACUUUUAAAAACAUUAGUGAACGUGGAGUUAAAUGUCCUAAACAUUAGAUAAAAGAAUAAUCACUUUGCAGAGUUGAGUUUUAGUUUUCUUUUCCUGAACUUGCAGAUUGAUUCUUGUAAUUUCCAGACCGAUUUCAGCAGGUUGUGACAGAUUUCAGUUUAGGGUGAGGUACGCUGGUUGUAACUCCAGCGGCAUAUUUGACAGAGCUGUAGAUUUAUGGCAGCUCGGCUCACAUUUGCGUUCAUAUCAGCUUGGCUUGUAGUAUAAUAACUCUUGGCUUGGCCUGCUCUGGCCUUGAGCAUUGAUUAAUUCUUGAAAUGUCUCUGACGCAAAAAAAAAAAAAAAAGCCUGCACAUGCCGCCAAGCCUUCAGUCAUUAAACUUAAUUUAAGGCGCCUUCACCAGAUAAUAUAGAGUCUUUAUAAGUAUUUAAUAGUGUUUGAUAUUUAGCUUUAAGCAGUUCUAUGUUCUCUCUUCCAGGAGUGUAUGGGUCUGAUCCGGAGACUGUGUGUGGAGGAGGGAGCAGGGACAGAGCUGGCAAACAAGCUGACUGAGAAACUGACUGAGAAUCUGAAGGAAGCCCUGUCUGACAACAAGGUUGGAGCUGACACCCUGCUGAUGACUGAUAUAAAAGCCUAAAUGCUGGGUUUACAUAUGAUAACACAUCAGUUUUUAGGAGUUGUUUCCACUUCAGGAUUUUGAUUUUGCUCUGUGGGAAAAGAAUCACCUGAAAUUAAGAUGUUUUCUGGAAAACUCUAGUCUUUCUAUCUUGAAAUCACUCCAAGAUCUACAUACAUCAGCAUUUAUUGAUUCUGCUGUCUUUCUUCAUACAUUUUAGACUGUAAACUACCUGAAAAGUCCAGUUUGUAGUCUCCCUCAGCUCAAAUCUGUGUAUUUACAAAUGUCUUUUUUUCAUCUGGCUAAAAGUCCAAAUCAAAACUUUCAGCUUUAACUUUUUCAUGCCUGAUGUAAUCAAAUCAAAUCAAAUAAUAAAAAGCAACAAAACCUUAUAUUUGACAGAAUAAGAUAGAUAUCCUAUGUAUAUAGUGUGGGAAAUUGCAUUAUCGUGUCAGCUGAAGUCACCAUCAUUCACACAGAAACAUCAACAGACACAUCACAGACAUUCAGACACAUUAAAGCUUUCAGAUAGAUAAAAACUAGCCGUAGACAUUAACUAAGAAACAUAUAAAUGUAGACAAAAGGAUAGUAGAUACAUUCAGUGUGCAAAUAUGUGUACAGAGUGUAAAAUCUCUGCUCAAAUCUAAAAAAGAACAAGUAAAGAGGCUGAAACUGCAGAAUUUCUAUUAUUUUUCUUGAUAUUGGCUUAAGAGUGGUGUCAGGUUUACAGGUGUUGUAUUUCUGUCUAAAUGAGUUCUCUUAAAUGUUUUUGUGAUUUGUAGGCUGCCCUUGAGACUUUGAGGUCGGAGAUGACAAAGAAAGAGGAGGGUCUUGAGAGAGAGAUCGAGGCCCUGAGGAAGGCUGGAAGAGAUAGAGAGAAAGACCUGAACACGCUGAACACCGUCCUGCACUGCAACCAGGAUAUUAUCAAUGUGAGGACACAGACACACACAGACUAGAAACAUUUCUGUGGAUCAAAACACACAAACUAUGUGCACUGGUGUUUUGCCUCAAUGUGCUUUUUACUCUUAAUUCACGUAAAGGUAAAUUCAGAUAGAUUUUAUAUUUUGAAUUUGCUCCAGGAUCUGAGAGUCACUCUUGGAGAGAAGGAGAACCUGCUGAAGGAGGUGGAGAAGGAGAGGAAGGUGUGGAAGCAGAAGGACCAGGCCCUCUGCACUGUCCUGCAGGAGAAGGAGGCUUUGAUCCAGCGUCUCAAAGAGGAGCUGGAGAAGAAGGGUGCACAGGUAUGUCGUGUAUGCAGCGGCGUAAUAUCCACCAGGAAUGCAGGUUGGCAUCUGCUAAGUCUGAUUUUGUCUACGAAACAUGAGCAGACAACCUGCUCAGGUGCAGUGGUCCUGCAAGUAUGACAGUAAUGUUGGUCAGUCAAAAAGCCUGGUCCAGUCUUAUAUACCACAAAGACUGACAGAUAAGAAUGAACUGUUUUGCAGAUAUUUCAGCUCUCAAAAGAUGACAAACUGACUUUUCUCAAACAUUUAAAGCAAACAUCAAAACUGUUGUUUCUCUAAAGCUUGAGUUUCUGAUUUAAUACCUUCAGAAAUGUUAAGUUUGUUUCGUAUAUCUCCAAGCUUCUAGUUUCAAAUAAGUGUUGCGUAGUCAGUGCAAAAACAAGUUUAGACAGCAGUUUUAUUGUGCAUACUACAGCACCUCUGUGUCAUAAAGUUGCCCUUUGAACUUUGCGCCUCUUUCUUGAUUAUCUGUUGUUGUUCCUCAAUCAUAUGUCUGUACUGUCUCUGUGUCUCUGCGUAUGACACAAAUAGACGAAUCCUGAAGUGUAACUGAAGAUAAUGGGGCUCUCUGGUUAUUUCUUGCACACUGCUGUAAAUAUAUAAAGUAAAAUAGGAUACUUAAUAGACCUCUGGCAUGGUAAAUACUUAUGUUCACAGAUUUUGGAAGGCAGCCACAGCUCAGCUUUGUGGUCUUGUCAAGUUUUGAUCACAAUGUUGAUGAACAUAUUUUUGUGGUCACCUUUGUGGCACAGUUCAUUGUUUGUCUGACUCUUCUGAUAUCACUAGAAGUGUAUUGUUCUGGGAAGCAUGAGUCAUAAAAACGGCUUUUUUAUUUAGUGACGAUAAGAGAAGUGAAACUCCAACACUCUUGACAUGUACGCGUGAAACAUAAAGACUGUUGAGGAUUUCUAUAAAGUCUAGUCAAUAUAUGAUAACAAGGUUUAUUACUUAAUCUUUUUCACUUUUAAAAGACUGUUUUAGAGUUCAUAUUUUGCCUUUUUUGUUUGAUAAUGAGCCUCUUCUGCAAACUCCUCCCUAGGAGUUAUUGCUCUCAGGACUUCGAAGGAAACAGUAACUUAUCAUUUCCCGGCUCUCUCGCUCUCUCUCUCUGGCUCUGUGAUUCGUCAGGGAUUGACAGAAGGUGGGGCUCAGCUUGCAGCGUGGUUGGAGGAAAGAGAGGGAAACAGCGCCACCUUGUGUAAUGAGGUCACCAAACUUACAGCAGCCCUGCAGGAGUACCAGGACAUGGUGCAGGUGAGAUAUAAUUAACAGGGGAGUUUUUGUAUCAAUGAAAAGAGAGAGGGGAAAACAAGCUUGAUUUUCUCUGAGCUGAUUCAGACUACUUCAACUUCUGCUGCUCCAUUUUCAACACGUUUUAAAAGAUAUUUAACAGCCAGCUGAUGGAAAAUUGAAGCUCUUACAGAACAGGAUCAAAAAAUUCAGGGGAAUAAAACAACCUGAGCUACCCAAAACAAAUGUCUCAACACCUGAUUUUUGUACAAACGACAGAAAGGCAGACGUGAACACUUGGAAAGCUUUUGUUGCUUAAUUUCAACACAGCAUCCGAUAAUUUUAGUCUUUGCCGUUUUUUUCUAUUCCAGACUCAGCAGGAGAAUCACAGCCAGACGAUGUCCUAUCUGACAGCUCAACUCAGAGACUCGCAGCAGGAGCUGAGGGAGAAAGAGAAGGAGAAAAAGGAGGCUGAUAGAGCCUGGCAGAACGUCAGAGAGGACAGAGAGAGAGCAGAGAGGAAACUGAGAGACAGCCUGGAGAAGAGAGACAGACUCAUAGAGGUAAAGUGCAAGAAUCUGCCAAUCUAUAGCCACAAAUAAUACUCAGAACAGCACCUAACUUCAUCAACAGUACAUGUAGGGUCCCAGCCACAACACUAGCCACCAAACAUUUUUUUAUCUUUGCCUAAUUUCUUUAGCAAAGAGACCAAACACAACUCACCUAUUCUCUUCAGCCAGUCCAUUACAGACUGCUGCGGGGUGACGCAGCUCAAGAAAGAACAUUUAUGAUCAUUUCUUCAUGGAAAUACAAUCAGACCGAGACGCUAAGGUAGAAGAACUACCACGUCUGCAGAGCAAAAUGAUAAAUAUGGUGAUUAUUACUUCAAGGAAAUGAUAAAGUAAUGAUCAUAAAUGUUCUUCCUUGAGCUGCAUCACCCCACUGUAGUUCGGAAUAGACUGGCCCGAGGUCUCGCUACAAACAAGCAGCUGCUGGAAGAGAGUAGGUGAGUUGUGUUUAGUCUCUUUACUAAAGAAAUGAGUCAAAGUUAAAAAUAUGUUUGGUGGCUAGUACUAUGGCUGGGACCCUAUAUGUCCUGUUGAUGAAGUUAGGUGCUGUUCUGAGCAUUAUUUGUGGCUAUAAAGUGGUUUUUUCAUUAAGGUUUGUGUGUGGCUCCUUAGACCGCCGUGGAGAAGCAAGCAGUCAGUAACAUUCAUCUCUCCAGGGGGUGUCUAACUCUGUGUUACGCUGUGUUUGACCCUAAACUAAUUUUACGUCGGAAUAUCCCUUUAAUGAGCUAAACAAGCAUGCUGAUUACCAAUGUUCUUGCAAAACCCUGAUAUGUUAUUGUUUUGUCAAAAAAGCUUUUUUUGAAACAUAACAAAAAAUAAAAGCAUCACUUUAAUUAACCCGAAGAGUUGGCUGUGCUAGAGUGACAGAACAUAGAUGGUUUAGUAAAGUGGGAGGAUAAUAUCAUCAGUCACAGGUGUGGGGAAUCCAAGUACAAAUGCUGUCACACCAGUUUGGUUUUGUACUUUGGCAGUGUUCCUUCAAAUACCUGAACUAUUUUGAGACAGGAUUAUUAAGUAACUAUUGUUGUGCUUCUUAAAACCCUCCGCAUACCGCACGGUAACCAGCCUUUGGUAUGUUUUUGUGCUCUUCCUGAUUGUGCGGCUGUCAUACAAAUGAUGACAUAAUAGCUGAUGACGCUAAAAGGAAGUAUGAGAGCACGUGGGCACGGUUGACAAGUAUCUCUUAGACAAUCUGUCACCAUUUGCUUUGGGGAAAGUGUUAAACUACAAUGUUCAAUGCCAUGCUGAAAGGACAAAUCUGGAGUGAACAAGACAAGUAUAUGGUUAUUGACAACACAAGUGCACAAUAAGACUAUAAAUCAAUCCAUCACCUGUGCUGAGCAACUGUAUAAUCUUUGUGAAGUGUGUUUUUUUUUUCUUUUCAGCAAAUCCUGUUGGACGCUGAGGAGCGGGACCACCUGUUUAGAGAGCUGCAGCAGAACCUGCAGAACAAACGUGAACCUCUGACUGCCGUCAAACACACACUGUGAUGGAGAACUACUGCCUUUCAAACUAACAGCAGAGAAGUCGAAGAUUAUUUUUGCACUUUCUGCACAACCUUCUCAGCUGUUCUGCAUAUUUAUCAUAGUGUACAUUAAGUCUAUUUAUUUUAAAAUUUUUUGAGGUUUCAUUUAAAGCCCCGCCUUGUUCCUGCACAGGCCAAAGAAAAGAUUUCCACAGUUAUUUCUUAACUCUCUAGAGUGAAUAAGUUAUUUCUGACUAAGAGUCACAUACAGCCUGAUUGUUUUCAGAGGUUUUGGAGGUAGGUCAGGUUUAUCUUAAUAUAGCUCUUUGUUCAAAACUUGAUUAAGAAAUCACCAAGUAGCUGUAUCUAGUUAAUUUACAACGUAAUGGGUUUGAAUCAAAGGAAGUCAUUAAAUUUCAUUUCAUGCAGUGGGAUGGUUGACAUUUCUGAAUGGUGAUUGUUAGUCAAACUAAGGAUCAUUUAUUAGGUUCUUUAGAACAGGUGAGGGUAUAAUAUUGUGGUUAAAUCUGAUUUUACGGUUCUUUCACACCUGUACAAUGGUGUCAUGUUUUCCUUUUUACAGAUCUGCCAAUUUUUUGUUAUGCUAAGCAUUCCAGGAUGUAAUAGUAGGGACCAUGAUGAUAUUUUGAAAAAAAAAAGCUCUUUUCCACUUUGAUGCAUGUCUCAGAUUUUAUUCUAGAGCUAUUUCAAAAGUUCACUGGGCCUCCAGUGUUGGUCAGGGACUUAAAACUGGAGACAAUUUCUUUUAUUUCAAGAGGAUUAAACAGUCUACGCCAAAAUA